UCUCUACCCCCAGACUGUACACCACCAAGCGAUCGUGGAACUGGCGAAGGCGCUUUCACCCACUACUACUUCAACCAGGAGACCGAGUCAUGUGAGCCAUUUACCUACUCAGGAGAAGGCGGUAAUAGGAACAACUUCCGCACAAGGUUCGAGUGCCGAGCAGCUUGUGUUUGUACCCAGGGAGCAGAAAGAGGCAGGCGCGAGAGGUUUUGUCACAAUCAUCAUUACUACGACAUCAAAGACGGCAAAUGCAGGCAAUACCGCUACAGAGGUUGCAACACUAAAGUUAACCGCUUCAGAAGCGAACGAUCCUGCAACAGGAGAUGUGCCAUUGCACGCUGUUUCCUGGACCUGGAAAGAGGAACCUGUGAUGACCGCAUGGAACGUUACUUCUACAACGUCACGGCACAGCAGUGCGAGAAAUUUAACUACAGCGGCUGCAGCGGCAACCUGAACAACUUCGAUACAAUGGAGAAAUGUGACCAAAGCUGCAACGAACCCAUCAGGGAAAUUGAUAUCCGGACCAAGCGCCACCGCGACUGUUACCUCCCCAAAAAGGAAGGCGUUUGCAGUUCUAGCUUUGAAAGGUUUUAUUUCAAUACCGAGACAGGUGAAUGCGAGUCUUUCACCUACCGUGGGUGCAAUGGUAACCUUAACAAUUUUAGGACAGAGAUGGGCUGUAGGGAUAAAUGCAUGCCGCCACAACCACGAGAGUAGACCAGCGUCAUGCGGUUGCCUCGAUUGUUUAGCAUUUGGGCAAGAGGAGGAGUAGAAAAUGUCCCUACGCCGACCUGACCGACGGAAUUCAACAAGAAAGUAAAAAAAGUGAAAUAAAUAAAAUAAAAAGUGACGAGAAAGCCAAAGAGACAAGUAUUAAUCAACAACUGUCCCAAAUGACGAUUUUUUUCUUCAGAUCAUUGAGUGUUGUCAAUAUGUAUCAAAUUAUAACGAAACUUAUUGCA